GGUUUCGCACCACGAACGGAAUCCGUCGCUGACCGGUGGUUGCUCAGUCGCUGCCCGGCUGCAGCGCUUGUCUUCUUUGUGAGACUCUCACCCACCGAGGCCUCAAGAUUCCAGCAGUGACUGCUGCAGUCUCCACGCCCACCGACCUGACGCUCCGUUCCAAAUUGACUCCCGCCUGUCUGUCUCAUUUGGAUUCACCUCCUGUGAGGGGAGCUGAGGGGCCCAGACGGCUGCCCUUGGGUGUGGAGACGGCGGUGGGGUCAGCUGUAUUUGGCAUUUCUCUGCUCAGAUCCUCUCGCUUCCUUCUUCGUCGUGCUCAGAGUUAGAGCUGGAUAGCCGUGUCGAAUCGGGGACCAGGGUCUCAUCGCCUUCUUUCGCAGGCAGGCAGGCAGUCAGAGAGUCAGUCAAAGAGAGUGAGAGUCUGUGAGCGAGGGAGUCUUUUCUUCAGUGUGUCGACUCAGUCCAUGGACACUUGGUGUCAGCUCGAUUCUUCGAGAACGAGUGUGGACGUUGCCAUCUGGACGAGUGCGCUGGUUUGAGUUCAUUCCUCUGCGUGCUGCGAAGCUGACCAGUCUCUCGAUUGAGUCGAUCCAGGGCCGCUGAGAGCGUUUGGAGCUCGGAGCAUAGUCGGAACUCCGGAGGCAUGGCCCUGAGCGUUUGCAUGCCAGCGCACUUCAUCUCGUCGAAGAUGUCUGGUGCUGGCCAAGUUGGCUUGUCGAGCAACUCUGCAUCCAGAUUUUGUGGUCUGAGCAUGGAGGCGAACACGGGUUCAGAUCUACUACAGAAGGGCGUACCAAAACUUGCCAUCAACUGGAAAUCCAGCGCCAGGGCUCCAUCAGUCGGGCGAUGGGGUCCGUCCAGCGUUGUUGCCGCAUCUUCCUCUAGAAGCGCUGGUGUUAUGCAAGAGAAAGAAGAAACGGAAGAGCUGACGUUGGACAGCAUUCGUGACUCCCUGAUUCGACAAGAAGACAGUAUCAUUUACAACCUACUGGAACGUGCUCAGUACUGCACGAAUCCUCCGACCUAUGCCCCCGGGGUUUUCCAAAUCGAAGGUUUCACCGGGUCGCUGAUCGAGUUCUUGCUGAGAGAAACAGAGCGGCUCCAUGCCAGCGUUCGGCGGUAUACCAGCCCUGAUGAGCAUGCCUUUUUUCCACAAGAUCUACCCAAGCCCAUCCUGCCUCCUAUGGCUUACCCGAAGGUUUUACAUAAAGCAGCGGAUGAUAUAAACAUCAAUUCGCUAGUGUGGGACAUGUACUUUGAUGACCUUUUGCCUGGAGUCGCUGUCGAGGGCGACGAUGGAAACUACGGCUCUGCGGCAACGUGCGACGUGCUGUGCUUGCAGGCUUUGUCGAAGAGAAUACAUUACGGGAAGUUUGUUGCUGAAGCCAAGUUCAGAGUUACCCCACAUCUCUUCGAACCUCAUAUCAGAAACCAGGAUUCUGAAGCACUCUAUAAGCUUAUUACGUUCGAGAGCGUAGAGUUGAACGUGCAACGGAGAGUGGAAGCAAAAGCCAGGACUUUUGGUCAGGAGGUUGCUCUGGAUGCAGCGAAGCCUCCAGUAUAUAAGAUCGAUCCCAAACUUGUAGCCCGGCUCUACGGCGACUGGGUCAUGCCCCUAACCAAGAAAGUUCAAGUGCAAUAUCUGCUCCGAAGAUUAGACAAGUGACUAACUUGUGACUGAGGUCAGUUUUUCUUACGUUUGGUCUAUAAUUUGCCAUCACUUUUGGGCCCUCACUAUCAGGUCAUCUGUCCUCAGAUAAGCUGCUGCUCAGCUACAUUUAUUCAAAAGCAUGCCGUUUACCAGAAGAAGUUUAGAUUAGAUCAGUCGGUCUCAACAUUUUCUUUUCAGACAUACAAUAUUGCUACAUCAGAGAAACUUUGGUAUAUCAGUGAAACGUGGACGUGGAUAUUAGAUGCGUUAGAUUCACCGGAUGUAGAUACCCACGAAGUUUGCCAACAUUGAUCAUUAUCUUACGCUGCUUUUGUGAUCGGAGGUUGUCAGUAGUCACCUCCCAUCAAAUCAGCAGCGUUGGACCCCAUUUGUUGUGUUCCAUUUUUCUUUCUUGAUAAUAAAGGCUGGC